AAUACCGCUUGGUGACUUUAAAGACAGCAGUUACCCACCUGCUCCCCCCAAAGAGCCUGGAGAAACGGCUUCUGGGGCCCAGUUGUGGAGGUGAGGCGGGGCCCAUCGAGGAAAAAGUGGGAUCAGGAUCAACACACGCUUACUGUGACGUACUGAAUGGAGAACUUUCUCCCUUUGACCUUUGCAUAAUAAAGUCAUUUUGCUCACAUUGGAGAUCGCUUGUUCGGCCACGAUGGCCUUUCAGGACCUCCUGGAUCAAGUUGGAGGCUGGGGGAGAUUCCACACCCUUCAGGUGGUUUUCUACAGCAUCCUCAACCUCAUAGUGUACCCUCACGUUUUAUUGGAGAGCUUCACUGCAAUCGUCCCUGGUCACCGCUGCUGGGUCCACAUCCUCGACAAUGACACAGUCUCUGCUAACAGCACUGGGAUCCUCAACCAAGACGCCCUCCUGAGAAUCUCCAUUCCACUGGACUCAAACCUGAGGCCAGACAAGUGUCAUCGCUUCCUCCACCUGCAAUGGGGGCUCCUUCACCUGAAUGGGACCUUCCCUAACACAAAUGAGCUGGACACGGAACCCUGUGUGGAUGGCUGGGUGUAUGACCAGAGCUUCUUUCUCUCCACCAUCGUGACGGAGUGGGACCUGGUGUGUGAAUCUCAGUCACUGAAAUCAGUGACCAAAUUCUUAUUCAUGGCUGGCAUGUUGGUGGGAAACAUCAUAUUUGGCCAUUUAUCAGACAGGUUUGGGAGGAAGUUAAUUCUCAGGUGGUGUUUCCUCCAGCUCGCCGUUACUGACACCUGUGCAGCCUUCGCGCCCACCUUCUUCAUUUAUUGCACCCUACGAUUCUUGGCUGGCUUUUCUACCAUGACCGUCCUGACAAACUCUGUGAUGCUCAUUGUAGAAUGGACAGUGCCCCAAUUCCAAGCCACGGGAAUAGCAAUGACCAUCUGUGGUGCUUGCAUAGGACAGAUGAUCCUGGGAGGACUGGCUUUUGCCAUUCGAGACUGGCAUACCCUUCAGCUGGUGUCUUCUGUACCAUUAUUUGUCCUUUUUCUUUUCUCAAGGUGGCUGAUGGAGUCUGCUCGGUGGCUGAUUAUGACCAACAAACCCGAGGAGGCCUUAAAGGCACUUAGAAAAGCUGCACUCUGGAACGGAAGGAAGAAUGUUGGAGACACCCUAACCAUAGAGGUUUUGAGAUCCAGCAUGCAAGAGGAGCUAGAGGCAGCACAGAAAAAAAUUUCUCUGCGUGAUAUAUUCCGCAUGCCUACGCUGCGCAGAAGGAUCUGUUUGAUGUCCUUUGUGAGGUUUUCAGUCUACAUGUCUUUUUAUGGCCUGAUUCUCCACAUCCAGCACAUUGGAAGCAAUGUUUUCCUGUCCCAGGUUCUCUUUGGCCUAGUCAACAUCGUAUCCAGUUAUAUUGCGGUUUUGGCACUGAAUCAUAUAGGCCGUCGAAUAUGCCAGAUGAUUUUCUUUUCCUUCCUUGGAAUCUCCAUUCUGAUCACCACAUUUCUGCCCAAAGAAAUGCAGACCCUGCGUCUUUCUUUGUCAUCCCUGGGAGUCGGAGUUUCUGCAGCAGCUGUUGUGAGUUCUUCUACCCAUGGAAACGAACUAAUCCCUACCAUAAUCAGGGCAACUGUCACGGGAAUCCUGGGGAUUGCUGCUUAUGUUGGGGCAGCGCUGUCUCCCCUCUUAAUGAUCCUGAAUGCGUAUUCUCCCCACCUGCCCUGGAUCAUGUAUGGAAUCUUCUCCAUCCUCGCCAGUCUUAUUGUCUCACUUCUUCCUGAAACCAGGAAUCAACCUCUGCCUGACUCCAUCCAGGAUGUGGAAAAGGAGAGAAAAGCCUCAAGAAAAGUAAAGCAGGAAGAUCCCUUCAUGAAAGUGACACAGUUUUAAGGAAUUCCAGGAAAUAACUGCUACUCAAAGAGUAAGAUAGGAGAAGGAAAAUCAGGACCGUUCCCAGAAAUUGGAAAAGUUUGUAAAAUAAAAGAAAAAGAUAGAAUGGAAUAACAGAUCCCAUUUACAAUUGCAGGACUAAGUAACUAUGGAUAAAAUAUCUACAAUCCUUCAAAAUAAGAAGUUUGAGAAAAGUCGUAAUACUUUUGAAAAAAGAUUUUAUUAUCCAAGUCUAGUUGACAUACAACGUUAUAUUAAUUUCAGGUACACCACAUAGUGAUACAAUUCUGUAUAUUAAAA